AUCAAAGACAAAAGACAACACUCAUUCAGCGACGAGUUUGGGCAAGUCGAGUUGAAGUGCUUGGAUUCAUUUGACUUAGUGUUUUAUGUUAUAAUUGGUAAUAAUCUUAUCGAGGAGAACUUUUAGUUCUCCUUUUAAUUAUGUACGAAACAGAAGAUGAUCAGUAUGAAGAAAUUGACGUGGAGGAAAUAUCAUCGGAGCUUUGGCAAGAAGCUUGUUGGAUCGUCAUCAACGCUUAUUUUGAUGAAAAAGGUUUGGUACGCCAACAAUUAGACAGUUUUGAUGAAUUCAUUCAAAUGUCAGUCCAGCGUAUCGUAGAAGAUUCACCACCUAUAGAAUUACAAGCUGAAGCUCAGCAUUCAUCGGGUGAAAUUGAAACUCCACCAAAAUAUCUUCUAAAAUUCGAUCAAAUCUACUUAUCAAAGCCUACACACUGGGAAAAAGACGGUGCUCCCUCACCUAUGAUGCCUAAUGAAGCUCGGCUGCGAAACUUGACUUAUUCUGCUCCACUGUAUGUGGAUAUAACCAAAACAAUUGUAAAGGAACAUGAAGACCCUAUUGAAACCCAGCAUCAAAAAACAUUUAUUGGCAAAAUUCCGAUUAUGCUUCGGUCUACCUAUUGUCUUCUGAAUAACUUAACAGACAGAGACUUGUCUGAAUUAAAUGAAUGUCCACUUGACCCUGGUGGUUACUUUAUUAUCAAUGGUUCUGAAAAAGUACUAAUUGCCCAGGAAAAGAUGGCAACAAAUACUGUAUAUGUAUUCAGUAUGAAAGAUGGUAAAUUUGCUUAUAAAACAGAGAUCCGAUCAUGCCUAGAGCACAGUUCCAGGCCCACUUCUACUUUAUGGGUUAACAUGAUGGCUCGUGGUGGCCAAAAUAUAAAAAAAUCUGCAAUUGGACAAAGAAUAAUUGCGAUUGUUCCAUAUAUCAAACAAGAAAUUCCUAUAAUGAUUGUAUUCAGAGCUCUCGGUUUUGUUGCUGAUAGAGAUAUAUUGGAGCACAUUAUCUAUGACUUUGAUGACCCUGAAAUGAUGGAAAUGGUCAAACCUUCCUUAGAUGAAGCUUUUGUAAUUCAGGAACAAAAUGUGGCUCUUAAUUUCAUUGGUGCCCGUGGUGCUCGCCCAGGUGUUACUAAAGAAAAGCGUAUCAAAUAUGCAAGAGAAAUUCUACAAAAAGAAAUGUUACCUCAUGUUGGGGUGUCAGAUUUCUGUGAAACUAAAAAAGCUUAUUUUCUGGGCUAUAUGGUACAUCGUUUGUUGCUUGCUGCAUUAGGACGUCGUGAGCUAGAUGACAGAGAUCAUUAUGGCAACAAGCGUUUAGAUUUAGCCGGGCCUUUACUUGCAUUUUUGUUUAGAGGUCUAUUUAAAAAUCUGUUAAAAGAAGUAAGAAUGUAUGCCCAGAAAUUCAUCGACAGAGGAAAGGACUUUAAUUUGGAAUUGGCUAUUAAAACAAAAAUUAUAACUGAUGGGUUAAGAUAUUCCCUUGCUACUGGAAAUUGGGGCGACCAAAAGAAGGCCCAUCAAGCUAGAGCUGGAGUAUCACAAGUAUUGAAUAGGUUAACCUUUGCUUCGACAUUAUCACAUUUGCGACGUGUGAACUCUCCAAUUGGUCGAGAUGGUAAGCUAGCCAAACCUCGUCAAUUACAUAACACUUUAUGGGGUAUGAUAUGUCCUGCCGAAACACCUGAAGGUGCUGCUGUAGGUUUAGUGAAAAAUCUAGCCUUAAUGGCUUAUAUUUCGGUAGGCAGUCAGCCAUCUCCCAUUCUUGAGUUCUUGGAAGAGUGGUCUAUGGAAAAUUUGGAGGAAAUUGCACCUUCAGCUAUAGCUGAUGCCACAAAAAUAUUUGUAAAUGGUUGUUGGGUUGGUAUUCACAGAGACCCAGAGCAAUUAAUGGCUACUUUAAGAAAACUAAGACGUCAAAUGGAUAUUAUUGUUUCUGAAGUGAGCAUGAUUCGUGACAUUAGAGACAGAGAAAUAAGAAUUUACACAGACGCCGGCAGAAUAUGUCGCCCUUUGUUAAUUGUCGAAAAUGGAGCUUUGCUAUUAAAGAAGAAACACAUUGAUGAUCUUAAGGAACGUGAUUUUAAUAACUAUGGGUGGCAAAAUUUAGUAGCGAGUGGUGUUGUUGAAUACAUAGACACCUUGGAGGAAGAGACUGUAAUGAUCGCAAUGAGCCCUGAUGAUUUAGCUCAAGUAAAGGAAUAUGCAUACUGUACUACAUAUACUCACUGUGAAAUUCAUCCUGCUAUGAUACUGGGUGUGUGUGCGUCAAUCAUACCAUUCCCUGAUCACAACCAGAGCCCUAGGAAUACCUACCAAAGUGCUAUGGGUAAGCAAGCUAUGGGUGUUUACAUUACUAACUUCCAUGUAAGAAUGGACACUCUGGCUCAUGUGUUAUAUUACCCACACAAGCCAUUGGUUACUACAAGAUCCAUGGAAUAUCUGCGGUUUAGAGAAUUGCCUGCAGGCAUUAAUUCGAUCGUAGCAAUUUUGUGCUAUACAGGCUACAAUCAAGAAGAUAGUGUUAUUCUGAACGCAUCGGCUGUAGAAAGAGGAUUCUUCCGGUCCGUAUUUUACAGAUCUUAUAAGGAUUCGGAAUCUAAAAGGAUUGGUGACCAAGAGGAACAGUUUGAAAAACCUACUCGACAAACAUGUCAAGGCAUGAGAAACGCUUUGUACGACAAAUUAGAUGAUGAUGGCAUUAUUGCGCCGGGUAUAAGAGUAUCUGGUGAUGACGUAGUUAUUGGGAAAACAAUCACACUACCUGAAAAUGAUGAUGAAUUAGAAGGUACAACAAAACGUUACACAAAACGUGAUGCAUCAACAUUUCUCCGUAAUAGUGAAACUGGUAUUGUCGACCAGGUGAUGUUGACGCUAAAUAGCGAAGGUUACAAAUUCUGCAAAAUUCGUGUCAGAUCAGUGCGUAUUCCUCAAAUCGGGGACAAGUUUGCUUCCCGCCAUGGUCAAAAAGGAACUUGUGGAAUUCAGUACAGGCAAGAAGAUAUGCCAUUUACUUGCGAGGGUAUAACUCCUGAUAUUAUUAUUAAUCCACACGCUAUCCCAUCUCGUAUGACAAUUGGCCAUUUAAUUGAAUGCAUCCAGGGCAAAGUAUCUUCUAACAAAGGAGAAAUUGGUGAUGCAACACCAUUCAAUGAUGCUGUAAAUGUGCAGAAAAUAUCUUCGCUACUGCAAGAGUAUGGCUAUCAUCUGCGUGGUAAUGAAGUUAUGUAUAACGGACAUACAGGACGAAAGAUAAAUGCCCAAGUAUUUUUGGGUCCCACAUAUUAUCAACGUCUGAAACACAUGGUGGAUGACAAAAUCCAUUCAAGAGCUCGAGGACCUGUGCAGAUUUUAGUUAGGCAACCUAUGGAGGGCAGAGCUAGAGAUGGUGGAUUACGUUUCGGAGAAAUGGAACGGGAUUGUCAAAUUGCUCAUGGCGCCGCACAAUUCCUACGUGAACGUCUUUUUGAAGUGUCUGAUCCUUAUCGUAUACACGUUUGCAACUUCUGUGGUCUUAUUGCGAUUGCAAACUUGAGAAAUAAUACUUUUGAAUGUAAAGGAUGUAAGAAUAAGACCCAAAUAUCGCAAAUAAGACUGCCAUAUGCUGCGAAGUUAUUGUUCCAAGAACUGAUGUCUAUGAAUAUUGCGCCAAGAUUGAUGGUUGUAAAUUAAGUAUAAAAUACCUAUUUCAUUUCAAUAAAACGGUUUUAUUAUUGAAAACUUUCUUUUUGAUGUUUUUAA